AUGGUUUGCGAAACUAAGUACUAUGAGCUUCUCGGUGUAUCACCAACUGCAACUGAGGCAGAGAUCAAAAAGGCUUAUCGCAAAUUGGCUCUUCAGUUUCAUCCGGACAAGUGUCCAGAUAACCCUGAAAAGUUCAAAGAAAUUUCUCAGGCUUUCAUGGUUCUCAGUGAUCCAGCAAAGAGGAAGAUAUACGACAGAGGGGGUGAACAGGCGUUGAAGGAGGGUGGUGGUGAAUCCGGUGGGAUGGCUGACCCCAUGGACAUAUUCCAGAUGUUUUUCGGUGGUGGUCGUUCUCGUGGCCCGCGUAGAGGCAAAGAUUGCGUACAUCAACUUUCUGUGACGUUGGAAGAAUUGUACAAUGGCAGCACCAGAAAGCUUGGAGUAACAAGGAAAGUUAUAUGUGAUAAGUGCCAAGGUCGUGGUGGUAAAGCAGGUGCAGUGAUGCCUUGUCGUACUUGUCGGGGAACAGGCAUACAAACUCAUAUUCGUCAGUUGGAUGUUGGAUUCGUCCAGCAAAUACAGAGCACAUGUAGUACAUGCAGAGGGGAAAGAGAAAUAAUUGACCCCAAAGACUGUUGUAAGAAGUGUGAGGGUAAAAAGGUUGUUCGCGAGACCAAGGUCAUUGAAGUGCCAAUCGACAAAGGAAUGUCAGACGGUCAAACCAUCAGGUUUAGUGGUGAAGGAGAUCGUGAACCAGGACUAGAACCUGGAGAUUUGAUAGUAUCUCUUGAUGAACAGCAACACGACCGAUUCAUUAGACGCCGAACAGAUCUCAUAUAUACACUGGUCUUGUCUCUUUCAGAAGCCUUAUGUGGCUUUCAGCGGGUGAUACGUACAUUAGACGACCGGGCACUUGUCAUAAAUUCCAGACCAGGCGAAGUGUUUACGAAUAAAGAUUACCGCGCCAUUGAUGCAGAAGGAAUGCCACGCUACAAAAACCCAUUUGAAAAAGGUCGACUCAUCGUGAAAUUCGAUAUUGCAUUCCCGAAAAAGGAUUUCCUCCCAAUGGCGCAGUUGGAAUCGUUGCGAAAGUUGCUCCCUCCGCCUGCGUGCAUCGAAGAUAUACCUGAGGAUGCUGAAACCGUUGCGCUGCAACCCUUCGAUCCUGAACACGACCAGCAGCAUGAUCGCCGACAAGAGGUUUAUGAAGAUGAUGAUGCAGCUGAGAGUGGCAAUCCACGCGUACAAUGUGCAUCGGCCUGA